CGCUCUUCCUCUCCUACGGUACUGCUACUGCUCCCCACCCGCCACCUAUUCCGCCGUAGCUCCUCCUCCCCGCCGUAGCUUCCAUGCCACUCCUCGCUGCCGCCUCCUCUUAACACCACCUCUCACCCCGCGCGCGAGCGCCAUUAAAACUCCGCGCCACUCCUGGCCGAGGCAGGCCACUCCACCGCGCUACCCGCCAUGGGCACCGCCCCGCGCGCUCCGCGCGGCCCCGCCGAGCCGCUGAAGCAGCGCGUCAACCGCUGCCUCCUCCGCCUCUCCGACCGCGACACGGAGGCCAUGGCGGCCGCCGAGCUGGACGCCAUCGCGCGCUCCCUCGCCGCGGACGAGCUCCCGGCCUUCAUCUCCGCCGUCUCCGAGACGCGCCCCACCGACAAGACCCCGCUGCGCCGCCACGCGCUGCGCCUCCUCGCGCUCGUCGCCGCCUCCCACCCGCGCGACGCCGUCGCGCCGCUCGUCCCGCGCGUCCUCGCCGCCGCGCUCCGCCGCGUGCGCGACCAGGACUCCUCCGUGCGGGCCGCGCUCGUCGACGCCGCCCGCGCCGGGGCCGCCGCCUCCGCGUCCGCCUCCACCGCCCUCUCCCCGCUCGUGGACGCGCUGUUCCACGAGCAGGACCAGUGCGCGCAGCUCGCGGCCGCGCUCGCCACGGCCGCCGCCGUCGAGGCCUCCGCCGCGCCCGCCGCCGACCUCGCCGCCUACCUCCGCAGGCUCCAGCCCCGCCUCCUCAAGCUCCUCCGCACCAACGCCUUCAAGGCCAAGCCCGCCCUCAUCGCCCUCAUCGGCGCCUCCGCGGCCGCCGCCGGCGCCGCCGAGGCCACCGCCUCCAUCCCCUGCCUCCGCGACGCAAUCGCCAGCGACGACUGGGCUGCCCGCAAAGCCGCCGCCGAGGCGCUCGCCGCAUUGGCCCUGGAAUACAAGGAUCUUCUCUCCACACACAAAUCCUCCUGCGUUGCCUAUUUCGAGGCCAGGCGGUUCGACAAGGUCAAGAUUGUGCGGGAGUCGAUGAGCAAGAUGAUCGAGGCAUGGAAGGGGAUACCGGACGUUGAAGAGGAAGAAUCAUCCUCCUGCACCGCACCGGCGUCACUGUCACAGCGACGGUCUUCUCUUGCAGGGAGUGCAAGUGAUGGGCGAUAUCCAGCUGCUUCCUUAGGCUCAAACUCAGUUCAAUCGGCGUCAAGGAAGAGUAGAUUACCUACAAGCAGGUCGCCUCCUCCUGAUGUGUCACCCAGUGUCACAAGAAGGCACAGCCCCUCAUCCAUCAGAAACAAGAAGCUCUCACCACCUACACCCCGCAAGGUGGCCCAAGCUAAGAGCUGCGACUACAAGGUUGACAUUGCCAUCGCACCUGAUGCCACCCCGAUCAAAGAGGUGACGGAGGAGAAGCUUCUGAAAGCAGGUAAUCUGAGAUCAAGACUGGAAGCAAGGAGGACGCUUUUUGAGGGCGGUGAAGAGAGGGUUACCAAGUCGGUUGGAGCGAAAGCAGGCUCGCGAGUUGUUCCAUAUGAAGGUGGUGGUAACUUGGAAGAGAUUUCUGAAGUUGAAGCUGGUUCGGAGAGGUUUCAGUCAGGUCACAAAGAUGAGGGCUUAUCAGAGAUCAGGACGCAGCUGCUUCAGAUUGAAAAACAGCAGACUGGUUUACUAGACCUUCUCCAGAAAUUCAUGGGGAAAUCUGAGAAUGGCAUGAAUUCUUUGGAGACAAGGGUCCAUGGGCUAGAGAUGGCACUGGAUGAGAUAUCUCGUGACUUAGCCGUUUCUUCAGAAAGGAUGUCACACGGUGAACCUCGUGUGAACAGCUGCUGCAUUUUUAGCCCAAAAUUCUGGAGAAGGCGCCAUGCUGGUAGAAACUCUUCCAGGUUUUCUCCCUCCAGUGUUCCAAACAGCUCGGAAGGAAGCAGGAGUUCUUAUAAGUGGGAAAGGCAGAAAUUUGGAGUUCAGGGUGGAUUUGUUACGAACCCAUUAGCUGAGCCAAACAUUUCAUCUGUUGGGAGAACCGUGGUUACUCAAGAAGGCAGGAGAAAGGAUUUGGCUUCACAGAAGUCAAGGAUUGGUCAGGCAUGAUGAGGACAUUUUGUUUCGAUGUGUGAGCUGCUCUAGUUAGAGCAUAUAAGCACUGAGGCAGGUAAAGUUUCUUCCGCUGCGGCUUUUGGAGGCUUUUCUCCUUUAUCGGAGGUCGGAGCAUGCGGUGUACAUGAAUCAUGGAGAUCUGAGUCGUUGCAUGCACUGUCAAAAUCCCUGAGCUGUGCAUCAAGUCUAAAGUAGAACUACACUUCUCGAGCUGCAUCUUUGCUUGAGGUUCCGAUUGACACUACCUCACUUGUGGUUACAGUGGCCACGUCAAUGUUCAUCGAAACCUGCCUUUGGAGUUAGGGCAUGAGAACGACCGUUAUCCUUUGUCCCUUGUACUCCAGAAUACUUGCUUACUUCAGAGAGCGGCUACGUUUGUAUAAGAAAGCAAGCAUGAUGUAUCGCCGUAAGGAACUUAUGGAUGUAUAUAUAGUUUGGAUAAUAAAACAGCUUGGCUGCGACCGUGUUUUUA